AUGAGCCGCUCUUCACAGCUACUCUACGUGAAUGAACGUUUGAUUUUGUUUUUACCUCUUUGGUGCUUGGCUAUUAUCCCCACACAGAGUUCUGAUCGUUGCGCGAACGUGUGGGACAUGCGGAGCGGCCAGUGCGUUCAAGUUUUUCAAGGCCACGACUCAGACGUCAAUGCUGUUCGUUUUUUCCCCAGUGGUGACGCGUUCGCCACCGCCUCAGAUGAUGCGACGAUUCGCCUUUUCGAUCUCCGCACAGAUCGAGAGUUGUGUGUAUAUAAAAAGGACAGUGUUAUUUUCGGGUGCAAUGCUGUGGACUUCUCCCUCAGUGGCCGGCUAAUAUUUGGUGGUUACAAUGACCACGUUUUGAAUGUUUGGGACGUCCUGAAGGGUAAACGGGUGUCCAUUCUCUACGGACAUGAAAACCGUGUUUCCUGCUUGAGAACAAGCCCUGACGGCAACGCUAUAUGUACGGGCAGUUGGGACACAACACUGCGGGUAUUUAAAACCGUGUAUGGCCUUUCCGAGGAUCCAACGAAUGACGUUGUUAAACAGAGUGGGCGACAGGGCGCAGUCUUGUCGAACAUCAGACCCGAUAUCAAACGACUGAGAGAGAUUGUUGUGGGCCAGAACUCGCGCGCUGGUGGAAUGAUAGUGGGCCUUGAUCAUGGGAAUGAUUUUGGUCGGUACUUCAUCUGCUUCAGUUAUUCGCCUCAGGGACUAACGAUGGAAGGAAUCGAACGCAGCGGCAAAGUCGACAAAAUAAACGGCCAUCGGCUGCUGAUAGCCAUGGCGGAAUUCCAGAAUGCGCCUCAGUCUGGAUAUCUGGUCUACAUAUCCACGUCUACCUCGGAAUCCGGCUGUGUUGAGCCUCGUCCUAGAGUCUCGUACAGAAUGAACUCUCCUGAGAAGGACAACAGUAAGGAGUUUUGCGACAUCAAGGCAUCUCGCACAUGGCAUUUUGGGCGCAGAUGA